AUGACUAUAAGUGCUGUUAAAUACCGAAGCGAUUUGCAAGGCAUCAGAGCACUAGCGAUCACUGCUGUUCUUCUGUUUCACUUCUAUCCGCUGCGCUUUCCCAAUGGGCACAUAGGAGUCGACCAAUUUUUUGUCCUGUCGGGAUUCCUGAUGUCCAUGAUGUUCGAACGAGAAAAACACCUCGGAUUUGAAGAAGUGGCUUGUUUUUAUUAUCGAAGAGCGCGUCGCAUUCUGCCAUCGUAUCUCCUGGUUAUUCUGCUUUCACUUAUUGCAUCUCACUUUAUUCUUUCACUCUACUUGCAAGCCAGUAACUGGGAAUCUGCUAUUUAUGCGUUGAUGCUCAUCACAAACAUCGAGGCAGCCGAAAGUAUCAGAGAUUAUUUGAGGAUGCUAACGAGAACGAGUGACCUUUUCACUCGUACGUGGUCCAUAUGUUUAGAAAUGCAGUUUUAUUUCAUAUUUCCUCUUAUUUUCCUCAUCUACAAAUCCAUGCCUUUCUUAAUAGCUAAUCUCUUCUUAAUAAUAGUUGGUAAGGGAUUUGCAUUCAAUAUGGUUCAUGCUAGACUGUGGCAAUUCAUUUUGGGUAAGACUGAGAAUUCCUCUUAUCGUGCUUUUUCUGUUAGUUAUUUACAACUUGUGAGAAUACCACUCAAAAUCAAAGAGGUAAUCGUCUCAACAUUUCUAACGGCCGGUCUUAUUCACAGUCAUCCGACGAACUACAGUUCGAUUCUUUCAUCAAAAUAUACCACUUAUGUUGGAAAGCUGUCUUAUUCGUUAUAUCUUGUACAUUGGCCGAUUUAUACUGCCAUUAAGAUGCAAAAAUCUGAAAACGCUCUCGGUAAGUCUGCUGAAAGCCAGCUUUGUAACACUGUAAUUGCAAAAACAAAAGCUUAG